GAUGCAACUUGACACGUUCUGCGGAACUCUGAACAUAUAAAUAUGAAGAACAUUUAGAGAGUUUUCAAUCAGCUGGAGAUUAACAAAGAAACAAGACAAUCAACAAUUAAAGUUCUCAAAUAUGCAUAUAUCUCUGUGCGUAGUUCUAGUUGGAUGCGUGGCACUACAGUCAGAUGCAUGGUUGUUUAGUGGUAGUAGUGGCUCACGUAGUAGUAGUUCAUCACGUGGAAGAACAAGCAGCACUUCAGGAAUGACGCGUCUCUAUAAUUCUCGCGUCACCCACGUUGAUAGGGUAUCAAGGCCUCUUAGUGGCUUCUUGGGACGUGUGGGGGUACGUCACUCAGGGGUGGUGGUCACAACAGAAGAUGGUGGUAGACAUCUUGUACAUAAAGGAGCUGGAUAUGGUAGUCGAGGUGGCGACACUGUAGUAACAGAUGCUGGUCAUAUGUCCAGUAGAUGGCGCACUGAUAGUGGUCAUCCUGUGUCAAAUGGACGCGUUGGUGAUUUUGUCAAAGCUGGAGGCACUGAUUAUAGCGUUGCAACUGACAAUUGCCACCACGCCUCUGGAAGGAUGUCGGGUAUUGAAAAAAGAAGUGCAGGCUGUUAGUUCAACCUGAGACCAUCAAGUUAGACUCAGGUUCAACUUGACAUUAAAACAUGAAAUUAAGGACUCAGACGUCACCUAGGAACACUUUAUUCAGUUAUAUUAAGUAAUCAUAUCUGUAACUGCUCAAUUCAAUAGUAAUUAAUGCAGGGCUUCCUGUUGGGACUUUUUAGAAGAAUUUCAACAUUUCAUCAUCACAAGGCUAUAAUAAUAAAUGAAUGGGUCAUUGGGCCAUUAGAUGUAAUAUUUUCAAAUAUUUCUUAAAAAUAAACUUCUUUUUUUUAAAAUACAAUCUAUCUGCGUAGUUUUCAAUAACUUCAUAUUGGAUCAGAAGUGUUUUACAAAAGAAUUCCUCCAAGGGAUAGAUUGGUUUACCCAUUGCCUGGGGGGGGGGUUAUUUUGUCCAAGAAGCAAAUUUAAGUAAGAAAAUAAAUUGUGCAAAACAAUUCAUAUUUCUGAGUAAAAUGUCAUGCUCCAGGGUCUUCCAGAAAUUAGAUGAUCACACCACUCUGUAUAAUCA